CAUUAAGGGUUCCAUUAAUACAAAUUCCAAUAACUCAAAAUUAUUAGGAACUUUUCUCUCAUAAUUCCUAACUCAUUCAUACUUUAUUCAAAAUAAUCCUCUCAUGAUCAUAUAACAUAAAGAGAACAACUUUUUCAAGCUUCUUCUUCUUCAUGAAGCUGAAGCUCUUUUUCUUCAAUAAUCUUCUUCCUCCUGCUAUUUAAAUGACUCUUUAUACUGAUUUUUCUCAUCUGAACAUAAAGAUUUAUGAGAUGCAAAAAAGUUUCAGAGAAAUGGUUUUUGAAUGGGAAUACCUUCAUCCAAAAGGCUCUUUAACUAACAAGCAGGAGCCAGUUGCUGAUACGGAGCUUGAAGAUGAACCUCAGGAAGAAGAGAUUUACAACAAAGAAGCCAUUUUUGCUGAGGAGAAUCUGGCCAUGGAGGAAGAGAUUGCCUCUCAGGUGAUGGAAGAAGAAACUGAUUGGGGGCUGCAGAGCUUACUGUUCGUAGAAGAGGAAGAAGAUGAUAGAAAGAUGUUGGAGUCCUUCGCAGAUCCAAAAGUCAAAGAAAAAUGUGAUUUUGUAGCUUUCAGAUUGAAUAAAUGGCUGAGAUCGGGUGUAAUCGCAGCUGCUACAGUAUCUAUUUUCAUUUUGGGUGGAGGAAAAGCGCAGCUAAUGGGCAAGAGAAAUAACAUUCAGUCUGAAGUUAUUAAAAAAGAGGAAGUGAAGGAUUGCGUUGUUCAGCAUCAACCAACUGCUUUGCCAUUUUCCUCCUUCGUUGGACACUAUAGUGAAAGGUUUUGAUGUGAAUGAGCCCAAAGUUAAGAAGAAUUAUAAACUCCUUUUUACUUUCGAACGGCGAUGAUGAUGAUGAAGAUGAAGAAGAAGAAGAAAAGACAUGUCUUCGCUAAAAGAAAAUAUCAUAUGCGCGGCUGUUCAUCUAGACUUUCAUUUGGACGUGCAGUCGCAGCAAGUAAUAUUUGUUUCUUUAUUAUGUUCAAUAGUGUUGUGUUGGAAAGUACCUAAAUAAUGAAAGUUAGUUGUGAGUGUAUGUUUUUAUUUUCAAUUGCUGUGAAAAUGAAAAGCUUUUAUGAUCAAAACUCUACUAGAAAAAUUUGAA